GGCCUCUUCGGGCGCGGGCGGCCGCGAGGUGAGGCUGCGGGCUGCGGCACGUGGGUUUGCGCGUUCCUGCGGGCUGUCCGAAGAAACGAAAGACGAAACAAAAGGAGCUGUCGGCGCUGCUCUGAAGGUCCCACGUGGGAGGGUUUGCGCCGAGGAAGCUCGGGAGCCGCGCUGCUCCCAGAGGAGCGAUGGUUUCAGGAUCCGGCCUUAGCACAUGGAAGUGGUGAAGGGCGCUGCGUGUGAGGUAUAAUGAGAAUUUCUCAGUUGGCUGGUGGUUAAACCAUGCUCGCUGCUGGUUCGAAGUCGUAUUGUUUUCUUUGGCCUGUUUAUUAAACUUCCUUAAACUCGGUCACUGUUGUAUCUGUUGUGCGGGACGGCUGUUGGAUAUGGGAGGAUUUGCGGUGCUGAAUGCAGCCGAGGGGGGCAGGGAGGUAACACAGCACCCUGCCAUGCGUGCACGCUUCCCUCCAUUGCUUCUGCGGGGAGAUCUGUGCCACGGCUUCCUUCCCCUCCUCCUGCACUGUUAUGGGUUCAGAGGAAGAUGCUGCUUAAUUCAAAAGUGGGUAACUGAGAAGGGGGGGUAUCACUCCCACUGUAGUGCCUGACCUGGCCCAGUGUGGUGAGCAGAGCUCUGUGUUCUGUGCACGUCUGUGAAACGCUGCAGGCUGAGCAGCUUUCAGGGCAGUUUUCCAAGUUGUUCUGUGGUUUUGAGUCACGUUACAUUUCAGUUAAUGUACAGAUGCCGCUGUAGCUGAUGUGCCAUCUGUGUACAAAUAAAAUGAGAGGCAGUGAUGUGAGCCUGCCCCUUCCCCAAACACCUGGUGCUGUUUCCCUGGGCACACGGUGCUGAGUGCUGAACUGGGGGAAGCUGUGGGGCACGCAGGCUGGCUGCUGCUGCUGUGAUCAGGAGGGACGGGGGUUGUGUUCUCAUGGCUAAGGCUUUUAACCUGCCGAGAAACAGACAUCCUGGCUCACAGAUCUCUCCUGUAUUUCUGAAACUUGGCAAGCAGUAGGAGUACUGCUCUCAGCCACAGGAAGCAGGAGCCAUGUGGACAACGAACACGUGCCAGCUGACUUCUUUCCUUGCAAAACUGUUUUUGCAAUAAUGGUCUGGUAGUUUCAAUCUCUGGGUUGAGUCUGAGGCUUUGAGGAUGGGCUGCACUCUGACACAAAAAGCAGUAGGAGGGGACAGAGGGUUCACUGGUGUGACCCCAAAGCUCGCCUGCUGCUGGCAGCAGUGCUUGGGGUGCACUGCAGAGCUCUGCUCAGCAAAGGGGAUGGAGAUGAAACCCAUGGGCAGCAAAAUAGCGGGGCUGGAAUGAAGUCAGGAACCCGAAGCGGCUUUGGCACCCAGGAGACGCCGACCCGUGGUUGUUUGUCAGCACUGCACGCUUUGCUGUGUGAUUUGCUCUGGGCGCAGACAGCUGCGCUGCUUUCCGUUCCAUCAGAAUUGUCUGGUGUUUCUCAGCUUGAAGAAGAUCUGCAGUCAUUAUUGAUCCUCUUUCUUGGCGUUACCAUUUUCGAAGUGAAGUUUGCCUAGCUUUCUAGUGCGAGCUUUCUUUUCAGCCAUCUUAAACCAAACCAAACAAACAAACAAAGAUUUUGAUCCGUAAAGUAGACAAGCUAUAGUUCUACAAUGUCCAAGUCAUUCCAGCAGUCAUCUCUGAGUAGGGAUUCACAAGGUCAUGGGCGUGAGCUCUCUGCAGGAAUAGGCCUUCUUGCUGCUGCUACCCAGUCUUUAAAUAUGCCAGCAUCUCUUGGAAGGAUGAACCAGGGUACUGCACGCCUUGCUAGCUUAAUGAAUCUUGGAAUGAGUUCUUCAUUGAACCAACAAGGAUCUCAUAGUGCACUGUCUUCUGGUAGUACCUCUUCCCAUAAUUUGCAGUCUAUAUUUAACAUUGGAAGUAGAGGUCCGCUCCCUUUGUCUUCUCAGCACCGUGGAGAUGCAGACCAGGCCACUAAUAUUUUGGCCAGCUUUGGUCUGUCUGCUAGAGACUUAGAUGAACUGAGUCGCUAUCCCGAGGACAAGAUUACUCCUGAAAACUUGCCUCAGAUCCUUCUACAACUUAAAAGGAGGAGAGCUGAAGAAGGUUAUGGUAGAGAUGGCAGAUCAUCCACACGGGAACCACCGUACAGAGUACCUAGGGAUGAUUGGGAAGAAAAAAGGCAUUUUAGAAGAGAUAGCUUUGAUGAUCGUGGUCCUAGUCUCAACCCGGUAGUUGACUAUGACCAUGGAAGUCGUUCUCAAGAAUCUGGUUAUUAUGACAGAAUGGAUUAUGAAGAUGACAGAUUGAGAGAUGGAGAAAGGUGUAGGGAUGAAUCUUUCUAUGGUGAGACUUCGCAUAACUAUCAUAAAUUUGACAGUGAGUAUGACAGAAUGGGUCGUGGCCCUGGUCCCGAGAGAUCUCUCUUUGAGAAAAAGAGAGGUGCUCCUCCAAAUAGCAAUAUUGAAGACUUCCAUGGAUUCUUACCGAAGGGUUAUCCCCAUCUGUGCUCUAUAUGUGAUAUGCCAGUUCAUUCUAAUAAGGAGUGGAAUCACCAUAUCAAUGGAGCGACUCAUGGCCGACGCUGUCAGCUGCUGCUUGAAAUAUAUCCAGAAUGGAACCCUGACAGUGAUUCAGGACAUGGAAUGGGCGAUCCCUUUAUGUUGCAGCAGUCCACAAACCCUGCACCAGGAAUUCUGGGACCCCCACCACCUCCAUUCCACCUGGGAGGGCCUCCUGUUGGGCCAAGAGGAGCUGGAAAUGGCAACAUGCAAGGACCGAGACACAUGCAGAAGGGCAGAGUGGAAACAAGCAGAGUUGUUCACAUCAUGGAUUUCCAGAGAGGGAAGAACUUGAGAUAUCAAUUGCUUCAGCUUGUUGAACCAUUUGGAAUAAUUACAAAUCACUUGAUUCUAAACAAAAUCAAUGAGGCAUUUAUUGAAAUGUCAACCACUGAAGACGCUCAGGCUGCAGUAGAGUACUAUUCAACAACACCUGCACUGGUAUUUGGUAAACCAGUCAGAGUCCACCUGUCGCAGAAAUACAAAAGGAUAAAGAAACCUGAAGGUAAACCUGACCAAAAAACAGAGGCACCAAAACCAGAACUUGGUCGUGUGAUUCACCUCAGCAAUUUACCUCAUUCGGGGUACUCUGAUAACGCCGUGCUCAAGCUGGCUGAACCAUAUGGAAAAAUUAAGAACUACAUACUCAUGAGGAUGAAGAGCCAGGCUUUCAUUGAAAUGGAGACCAGAGAAGAUGCUCUAGCCAUGGUUGAACAUUGUGCCAACAAAGCUCUUUGGUUCCAAGGCAGAUGUGUGAAAGUGGAUCUAUCUGAAAAAUACAAGAAAUUGGUGUUGAGGAUUCCAAACAAAGGAGUUGAACUUCUGAAAAAGGAUAAAACUAGAAAGAGAACAUAUUCUCCAGACAGUAAAGACUCUCCAAGUGAUAAGAAGUCUAAGACUGAUGCUACUCAGAAGCCUGAAAGUGGCACUGUAGAAGAUAAAGCAAAAGAGGAGAAGCAAGAUGAUACUGCUGAGCCAUCGGGCACUAAAAGCAGCGAGCAGGCAGACCAAGAUGAGCCUAGUUUACUCCUUGAAUCUGAAGAUGAGCUCCUAGUGGAUGAGGAGGAAGCAGCAGCACUGCUGGAAAGUGGCAGCUCAGCAGGAGAUGAUGCAGAUGUUGCCAAUUUAACUGAUGUGACUACUGAAGAAAAAAAGGACCCAGCUGAUGAUGUGACCGUAAAAACCGAGGGAAAUGUUGUGGCCAAUCCAGCAACAAAGAAAAAACUUAAAAAGCGAUACGUGGGUGGCUUUCCACGGAGCAUGGAAGGCUUUGUCACUCUAGAUGAGGUUGGUGAUGAAGAAGACUCAGAUCAUCAGAAACUUCGGAAGUCGGGUUUGGCAGUAAAACCUGCUGGCAAAAAUGAUGAUAGUUUGGCAGAAAUCAAAGUAGACAAGAUUGAGGAGCCAGAGCAGGAAAAUGAAACGUUAGAAAAUGGUACCAAGACUGAAGAUAAUCUGAAGGCUGAAGCUGUUGAAGCUUCCGACACCACAGCAGCACAAGAUCCUGAGAAAAAUGCCCAUGAAAAUAUAGACACCCAGGAUGAACAGGAAACAAAGAGUGUCCAAGAGAAAGCUCUUAUUCCAGAUGAAUUUAGGAUUGGGCCAUACCAGCCAAAUGUUCCUGUUGGUGUGAAUUAUGUGGUACCCAAAACAGGGUUUUAUUGCAAAUUGUGUUCCCUGUUCUACACAAAUGAAGAUGUUGCAAAAAAGACCCAUUGCAGCAGCCUUCCUCAUUAUCAAAAGUUGAAGAAAAUUCUGGAUAAAAUGGCAGAAGACUACAGGCAAAAGAAAGAAGCAUAAAAAGAAGGAUGGAUGUAAGGAAAACAGUGGCUUUGUUCUUAUUGUUAAUCUUUUUUUAAAAGCAGUACAAGUAGUAGAUGGAAAUACUGUAUUCUUUUUUUUUUUGUUUUAGUGAGAUACGGUAGAUGUUAUAGGUCUGUUCAUGUGUUCAGUGUUGUAGCAAAAAGCAUAAGCAGUUAAGUUAAUGAAAAAAAUUUGUUCUUCAUGUGGGAAUGGCAACAAGUUUUCGUUUUGACACUGAGCUAUUAAAGAAAAAAUCUUGCAUCCUUGUGGAACGCUCGUCUAUGGCAAGAAAAUUUUCUUGAAGUGAAAUUUACUACUUUCAAGCUUCGAAAAUUCGCCUAUCCAUUCUCAAUAAAAAAUAAAAAGUAACACUGUAUUUUUAUUUCAUCUAGAACAUUCCGUAUUUCAGUCUGAGCCUAGCAGAUACCUAAUUUGGAGUGUGAGGCUGUCAUUGCAUUUCACUUUUGAAAAGUCUUUAAAUGUAAGUUGCAUUUUUAAAUGUUGAAUUGCAGUUUCUUUUAAUGUCAUUGUUGUUAUAUAGCAAAUAGGAAAAUUAGUGAUUAGUCAGCUUUACAACUUUGUGAUUUUUUUUCCUAAGCUCUUGAUAGACUUUCCUAUUCAGCUAUACCUUGUAUUUUUAGUGAGAAGUAAAUGCCCAUUCUCCUCUGACCAGUAUUAUUUCCUCGAGCUCUUCCUGCUUUUACUUGAAUCUUGCAGCUGUCGUACACCUCUGCUAUAUUCAAAAGCAGCAUUUGAGUCUGAAAUGUAAAAAACAAAAAACAAAAAAACAAAAAAAGCAGUAUCUUUAUAUUCUUCACAUGUAAUUUUUCAUACCUGCAUUUUAAAACUGUUUCUGUUGAUCUGGUUUUGUCAAGAAUCUUUUAGAACUGUGCUCUUAAUGUACCUGCACAUGUGAUAUGUGAACAGGAAUUUGCAUGUGUAACCUGUGUUUAUCCGUAGUUUUUGUUAUUUACUGCUUAUUUGUGAAUUCAGGUUACUAAAGUGAUUUACCAAUAAACAAAGCUAGGCAACAGUAACUUGUACAGAUGUUUGGCAUGUUAACCAUUGUGUUUACUGAGCUCUUGAAUCCCUUGUUCAUGAUAGCACACUGAAACUGCAGCUGUCCUGAAAUUGCAUGUUUUAACUCCUGUGAUUUAGAAGCUUACUAAAUAACUUCUUUCUCUUUUCUAAAACUUCUUCCAUUUCCAAACAAAUUAAAAUAUUACUUGUUAAAACA